CGGUGCAAACUGGGAUUUUCCCAUAAUAUUGACGCGUCUCUCGGCGGCCGGUCCAUUUUAUUGGAAUCAUUUCGUCGAACAGUUGAAAUCAUAUCCACCAUGACCGGAACUAUCGUUCGUCUCCCGCCAUUUUCUUCCCCUCCGACGACCUCUAGCGGCGGGCGCUGCUGCUCCCGGCGGAGGAUAUCCUCUUACGUCGCCUGCGCAAAAGGAGUUCGGAAACGAAGCCCCGACGACUACCACGCCACUGUCAGGGCUCUCAACUCCAAAGGUCGCACUCCCCGCAAAUCCCUCGGCCAGCAUUACAUGUUGAGCAAUGAAAUCAACGAGCAGCUAGCAGCUGCGGCUACCGUGCAAGAAGGGGACUUUGUGUUGGAAAUUGGUCCCGGAACUGGUUCGCUCACUAAUGUCCUCAUUGAUGCCGGUGCCACGGUUCUAGCAAUCGAGAAGGAUCCACAUAUGGCUUCUCUUGUAAGUGAAAGAUUUGCAGGCACCAAACAGCUAAAGGUUUUGCAAGAGGACUUCAUCAGAUGUCACAUUCGAUCCCAUAUGGAAUCAUUGUGGGCAAACGCAGAGUCCAGUGGAAAAUCUAGAUAUGCAAAAGUUGUAUCCAAUAUUCCCUUCAACAUAAGUACAGAUAUAGUGAAACAACUCCUUCCAAUGGGUGACAUCUUCUCUGAAGUUGUUCUCUUACUUCAGGAGGAGACAGCUGUCCGCCUUGCCGUAUCAUCUCGAGGCACCUCUGAGUACCGGCCAAUAAAUGUCUUUGUGAAUUUCUAUUCAGUUCCCAAAUACGUAAUUAAUGUCCCAAGAUCAAAUUUCUUCCCUCAGCCUAAUGUUGAUGCAGCUGUUGUUUCCUUCAAGCUAAAGCAAGAAGCUGACUAUCCUCCAGUUCCCUCUACAAAAAGCUUCUUCUCAAUGGUAAACUCUGCAUUUAAUGGGAAGCGGAAAAUGCUGCGGAAAACGCUUCAGCAUCUAAGCACUGCUGCCAACAUCGAGAAGGCACUUGUCGAUGUUGGUUGUCCUGCUACAUCGAGACCGGAGGACCUCACAGUGGACGACUUUGUGAAGCUGCACAACUUGAUCACCACAGUAUAACAGCAUUGACUGCGAUAUCUUCAAAAGCACUUGUCGAUGCAACAACAGGCAAAAUGGGGCAGGGAGGAUGGAUCUCCUUUACGUCAGUUUGGACAUUUCCUCUAUCAAACGCCGAACACAAAAUGGAAGAAUGUCCCGACUCUCAGCGUAACUUGCAACCGAGUCUCCUCAGCCUCCUGGUGAAACUACUCCAUAAAUCCAUAAGCUGUGUCUUACCUACCUUCGAGCAGGCUGGUGAGGCUGAGAAUCACAGAGAAUUCGCUGGCAGGGCAUUUAUAUAUCGGUUUGGGAUUUGCUGUAUAGUAUGUCAUUCGAUGAGACUCUAACGUAUCGGUCCAUCGAAUAUAUGCAAGCAGCUAAUAGUUUGAGCAUC